AUGGAUAGUACCACAAUUCGAACAUCAACAAAUUUUCUCAUGUCCACUAUUACGUGUAUUGAAUCUGGUGCAAAACGACGAACACCUCCAAAUGUUAUACCAUUAGGUCAGUUCAAAUUUGAUAAGG